CGGGAGGGCUGAGGGGAGCCUUCUGGCUCGACCGGCAUUCCCCAGGCACCAGAGGCGGUGCUGCUCUUCUCCGCUUGGCUGAGGGGAGAGGGGGGGCGGCAAAAUGGCUGGAGAGGGGCUGCAACCGAGGCCGCCUUUCCAGCCACUGCUGGGUACCAACAGCCAGUCGGCCGCAGCAGCUGUGAAAGACCCCCUGGCAAUUGAAAGAACAAAUCUAUUGAACAUGGCUAAACUGAGUAUAAAGGGACUCAUUGAAUCUGCUCUAAGCUUUGGGCGAACUCUUGAUUCUGAUUAUCCACCUCUCCAGCAGUUUUUUGUUGUCAUGGAACAUUGCCUCAAACAUGGCCUAAAAGUAAAGAAAUCUUUUCUAAGUUAUAAUAAAACAAUAUGGGGCCCUCUGGAACUUGUAGAGAAAUUAUAUCCAGAAGCUGAGGAGAUCGCUGCUAGCGUUAGAGAUUUACCUGGUCUCAAGACUUCAUUAGGACGUGCUCGAGCUUGGUUACGUUUGGCACUUAUGCAAAAAAAGAUGGCUGAUUAUCUCCGAUGUCUCAUCCUUCGGAAAGAUCUCCUCGGGGAAUUUUAUGAAUACCAUGCAGUGAUGAUGGAAGAAGAAGGAGCCGUCAUUGUUGGAUUGCUUGUUGGGUUAAAUGUCAUUGACGCAAACUUGUGCAUAAAAGGAGAAGAUUUGGAUUCACAAGUUGGCGUCAUUGAUUUCUCCAUGUAUCUAAAGAAUGAAGAUGACACUGAAGAUAAAGAAAGAAAUGACCAUGUUGCUGCAAUAUUGGAUCAGAAGAACUAUGUUGAAGAAUUAAACCGGCAAUUGAAUAGUACAGUCAGCAGCCUCCAUACCCGUGUUGAUUCCCUAGAGAAGUCAAACACUAAAUUAAUCGAAGAGUUGGCGAUAGCUAAAAACAACAUAAUUAAACUACAAGAAGAAAACCAUCAUUUACGAAGUGAAAACACACUCAUUUUAAUGAAAACACAACAUCAUCUGGAGAUGAAUAAAGUAGAUGCCGAAGCAGAACUUCAGACAUAUAAACAUUCCCGACAAAGCCUGGAUGAAAUGUAUAAUGAAGCACAUAGACAGCUUCGAGAAGAAUCACAGUUAAGACAAGAUAUAGAGAAUGAAUUGAUGGUCCAGGUUGGUAUGAAGCAUGAGAUAGAACUCGCAAUGAAGCUAUUGGAGAAAGAUAUACAUGAAAAGCAAGACACUCUUAUAAAUCUGCGGCAACAGCUGGAGGAAGUCAAAGUGAUAAACACAGAAAUGUACCAAAAACUGCAGUUUUCAGAUGAAGCCAUGAAAGAAAAGAGUGAAAUAAUUGGUCGCUUGGAGGAUAAAACUAGUGAGAUUACCGCAACUAUGAAGCAUCUGGAACAAAGAUUGCAGCAAGCAGAGAAGGCUCACAUGGAAGCAGACAGUGAGGACAAGAAAGUUAAACAAGAUUAUAUGAAUAAAUCUGAAAGUCUUCAGAAAGAAAUUGCCCAAAAGGAAAACCAAGUGUGUCAGUUGGAGACAGAUUUGAAAAUAGAAAGAGAAUGGAGACAAACCAUGGAAGAGGACCUUAAAAAGGAAAAAGAAACUACUUGUUUUCUACAAACAGAGACUCAGCAAAUCAUUACACUUAAAAAAGAAUUCCUAAACUUACAGGGAAAAAACAAGCAGUUGAAAAAUCUUUGUCAUGAUCAAGAAGAAGCUCUCCAAGAACUAGCCAGCAAACUUAGCGAAUCAAAGCUUAAAAUAGAAGACAUAAAAGAAGCAAACAAAACACUUCAGGGCCUGGUCUGGUUGAAGGACAAAGAAGCUACUCACUGCAAAUUAUGUGAAAAAGAAUUUUCUCUUUCCAAGAGGAAGCACCAUUGUAGAAAUUGUGGUGAAAUUUUCUGCAAUGCCUGCUCUGACAACGAGUUGCCUUUGCCAUCUUCACCAAAGCCGGUUCGCGUCUGUGACUCCUGUCAUGCACUACUCAUACAAAGGUGUUCUUCCAAUAUGCCCUAAGUCUUCUACAGAAGUUAUAAGACAUUCUCACCGAUUAUGAGUGCUGUCGUGUUGGCUGCUUUUAUAUAUAUAUACGUAUAUAUAUAUACGUUACUGCAAUUCCAGCUUAAUGCCCUUAAUGUCAAAAUAAUGGAAACACUUGUCACUAUGUCUUUGUGCCAUUGUUCUUGCAAUCAAAAUCUUGUUUUGUACAGUUGUGCUGAGGCAAUGAUUGAAAUGCAUCUGCUUUGCAGUCGUUUCUGCUGUUUUAUGUUGUCAGAGGGCUAUUCUAGUGUGGGGUGCAGAAUUGACCUUGUAAUGAAAGCUUUACGCUGAGAACAGGGAAGCUGAGAAGCUGAAAUUGGAGCUGGAUAAUGUUUACAUCGACUGCACUAUUUGUGUAGUUUGAUGUCCUCCCUGACACUUCCACUGAAAACGCAUUGUUGCUUAUGUGUGAGCAAAGUUGAAUUAGGCAAAUAAUAAAACAAAUAUAUAUUUGUACAGGGGGCAGAACUCAGUUAUUUUCUCUGGUGUUUCUACACAAUCUUUUCAAAUAUAAGUUGGCCUCUGAUUCCAGCUUCUGGGCAAUAGUUUAUGCAGGUUUAUACUGAAUGUAGUAGGUAGGACUUGGAGGAUCUAGUUUAGCAAGAUGGAAGGGUUUGCUUCUCAUGGGGAGAUUCAUGUUCAGGAUCCAUCUAGAACAGACAGCUCAGGGCUGAAAGAUUUCCAUUCGGAUGUUCAGAUGAGAUAGGUUAGUGUUAUAGUGUUAAACCUCUGGAAUCAAAAUACUUGGUUAACUUCCCCAACUGGAUAACACGCAGCAUGUACAACAGUUGCAAAAUAAUCCUUUAUAUAUCAAGGAAGGGUAGCAGGCACACUUGAGGGAUGUCUCUUUCCUAUUCAGUGGUUGUUAGACAAGUGAUGCCACAUGAGAAGAUGGGCAGAGUAGUAACUAGAUUUCUCCAUAUAUUGUAUAAGAUUGGUUGGGGUAGACUUGCAAAAAGAAUGUAUCUUAAAAAUUGUCUCCAAUAACUCAUUUUAGAGACAAGCCUAGCUGGAAUUUUUGUAUAGAGCUUUUAUACUUACGCACAAACUAUUUGCACUUAUUUAUAAUGUAAAAUUAAGUUAUUCAAAAUGAUCUAUAAAGAAUAUAAAUUACAAAAUAGCAGAUUGCCAAAUGAAUUGUUAACAAAUAGUCCAGGAUAGUGUUGCUUUUGUUUGUCUUGUAGGAAAGUGAAAAAGAUUCCUUAUUUUACUUUUUGAAAAACCACUGUAUCUAAUUAA